UCGCGCACUCGCUCGUUGAUUCAUACUCGUACUUUAAGUUCGUGUGUAUUACAAGAGUUUGCACAGUUGUUAGUUAGUGCAUUUUGUUGUGUUUUGGAGUCGUUGGCAUAAAGAAAAAUAAUCAACAACAGACAGAAAAAGACUCUAAGAGUGUGCAGGACUAAAGGGUGAGCGUACGUCCUUGGAUAUCAGCAUCAGCACUCCCACGACCUAGCGAAGGAGUGCGUAAUGGCGCCGCUCGCACACCGCGAACUUGUUUGAUUCCCGCACACAUUUCGCGCAGCUUCGCAUCCCGUUGCGUAGCGCGGGGCACGCGCGGUGUAGGCGGUGACGCUUUCGACGAGUUGUGGGAGGCGACGCUUGCGUAUUGACCGACGCCGCGCAUCGACGCCUGGCGAUACAGCGCGGCGGCCGCGCGACCGAACCCGAUCGCGUAUCUCUCGCGCACCGCACGCACACAUUCGCGCAACGCACCGAGCGCCGACGUUCCUCGCACAGGCACAGCCUUUCGCUACGCGCGCACGAAAAAGUCGCGGCGGCAGCGAAAAAUCUACACCGGCCACAUCGACGGCGCCUCCCGCAGUUCCAAGCACGAAGUAUGUACAGCAGCGUCGUCGUCGCGCGCGCCUAGCCCAGCCAGCGCCAGCAUCCCGAGCGUGUGCGGUUGCGGUCCCGUGCGGUGGUGGUGAGCCGAGCGAGCGCCUCAGGGGUGUGUGCGCCAGUGCCAGUGAACGGAACACUUUCCGAUCCGAUUUUGCACCAUUGCGCCAUCCUAGCCAGGAUAGCUGUGGGGUUUGUUUUUCAACGGGGCUGUUUGAACAACCGGCGCGACGUUUUGCUCGGAAGGCACUUGCAGGAUGGGGUGUACGUCAUCGGCCGAGGAACGAGCCGCCCUGGCUAGGAGUAAACAGAUCGAGAAGAAUCUCAAGGAGGAUGGCAUCCAGGCCGCCAAGGACAUCAAGCUGCUAUUGCUUGGUGCCGGCGAGUCGGGAAAAAGCACGAUAGUUAAACAAAUGAAGAUCAUUCACGAAAGCGGUUUUACGAGUGAAGACUUCAAGCAAUAUCGGCCGGUCGUGUACAGCAAUACUAUCCAAUCGCUAGUGGCGAUACUGAGAGCGAUGCCUAACCUCAGCAUUUGCUACGGUAACAACGAGCGCGAGGUAAGAAAUUUAAAUAUUGACGGCAAAAUGGUGUUCGACGUAAUCCAGCGCAUGGAAGACACCGAGCCCUUCUCGGAGGAAUUAUUGGCCGCCAUGAAGCGGCUGUGGGCCGACAGCGGCGUACAAGAAUGCUUCGGACGUUCGAACGAAUAUCAGCUUAAUGAUUCUGCAAAAUAUUUCCUCGACGAUUUGGAUCGAUUGGGAGCGAAAGACUAUCAACCCACUGAGCAGGACAUUCUGCGUACGCGCGUCAAAACUACUGGCAUCGUUGAAGUGCAUUUUUCAUUCAAAAAUCUUAACUUUAAACUAUUCGAUGUCGGCGGUCAGCGAUCAGAGCGAAAGAAGUGGAUUCAUUGUUUUGAGGACGUUACUGCAAUCAUUUUCUGCGUAGCUAUGAGCGAAUAUGAUCAAGUUUUGCACGAGGACGAAACGACGAAUCGGAUGCAAGAAAGCUUAAAGUUGUUCGACUCUAUUUGCAAUAACAAAUGGUUUACGGACACUUCGAUCAUUCUCUUCUUGAACAAGAAAGAUUUGUUCGAAGAGAAGAUUAAGAAGUCGCCAUUGACUAUAUGCUUUGCCGAAUAUGCCGGCGCACAAGAAUAUGGCGAAGCAGCCGCUUACAUUCAGGCACAAUUCGAAGCUAAGAAUAAAUCGACAACCAAAGAAAUUUACUGCCACAUGACCUGCGCCACGGACACACACAAUAUCCAAUUCGUGUUCGACGCCGUCACCGACGUCAUCAUCGCUAAUAACCUGCGUAAUUGCGGCCUCUACUAAGCAUCAACAACUGACUUUGCCAUACACCACACCCGAAAUGAUGACCUACGGAGAAAAAUAACAAAUCUUUUAUUAUUACGAUCAUUGCAAACAUAUUAUUUCCAUACGAAUAACGUAAAAAGCGAGGAACACACACGCACAUUGGAAAAAUCAACACCGAAAUUGCGCGCCGCUGUCGUGGCGUAAGCCGUAUUCGAAAUCUGCAUGCUUACGUCGCGAGCGCGUAUCAAUGCUGCAUUUUUCCUUCGAUGAUAUAAAUACUAGUACUACAUACAUAGAUAAAAUGGAUUCUUACGCAAUUUCCCUUGAUUGAAAAUGCUCAUUUGUCAGGUGUACGAUACAAAGUAAAAAGAAGUUAUAAAUACUAAUACAAAGAAAUUACAACUAGCGUUUAGCGUAGGAACGUAUAUUAAAAGCAGGAAUACAAACGGUAACAAAUAUUCGAGUGAGACGGCUCUUUAAAUGAACAUUAUAUACAUACACCUAAUGGAUACGAAGACGCCCAGCAACAAAACAUUAGUCAUACAUUACAUUAGUAUAUGUGGUAAUUAUUUUUUCGACAAACAGCGCGUGGUGCUUUAUUUGUUAUCAUACUUAUAUCAUGUAUUCUUAUUAAUUAUUGUGUAAGCAUUUAAUUUCGAUUCAAUGCACGCUUGGACAGGACAAAGAUGAUCAAGGGUUGCACACAUUACGAUAAACGCACACCCUUCGUCGUUUCGCAUUUAUACUAACGUUAGACGAACAAAACGAACUGUGCCAUUGAUGAUACAAAGAAAAGAUGCAUUUAUUUAUUUAUUAGUUACGAUUAUUACUUUAUUUAAUAUGUAUAAUUAGUAGCUUAUCAGAAUUUAACAAACCUAAAGUAUAAAUAAAUGAAUUAAUCGACAAAACAAGCUGGAACCAAACAUAAACAAAUAGUUGUGUACUAUUUAUGAUCGGGGCUCAAAUUUAGUUCAGUCAAAGAAAACUUAUACAUAACUUAUAUUACUAUACAUAAUUAUAUAUAAAUAUAAAAAUAUAUUAUAUAUAUUAUUAUAUAAAAUAAGUGAAAAUGAAAACAAAAUGUUGUACUAUAAUGAUCACAUGCAAAGAGAGCGAAACGUUUUUCAUCCCGGUGAAUCAUUUGGACUAGCUGAAAUGUAGUACGUUCAUUUGACUUUCCGAAAUCCGUUCAUGAAGAUGAGGACAGGACAAAAAUCGUGGACCUAUUCGAUUAGAUAAACAAAGUAAACUAAAAGAAAGCUACAAACUAAACAAGAAAUGUACAUAAAUCACAUUAUUACUCAAGUAUAAAAUUAAUGAGAAAUGUUACAAAGUAAAAAAAAAAUGGGAAAAAACCACAAAAACUCAUAAAAAUAUGCGCUUUCAUCUUCAUAUAAUAUAUCUCCGAUCCGAACAACAAUGGCAGACGUUGGUAAAGUUUACAGAAACGUAUUUAACAAACAUUCCUAUGUCUUACGAUUUACAGCAUACUAAUUAAGCUCCUGUUAUUUUUCUAUUUUCAUUAUUUCAAAGCGCUCAAUUUCAUCUAUAUAUGCAACACGCAUACGAAACACAAGCGUCACAAAUUGAGCACAUCAAAUGUACCAUAUUAACUUAUUAUAACAAACAAAAACAAUACAAUAUUAUAUAGUAGGUAAAUUUGUAACUGUUUGGAGGACAAGGAAGCCACAAUCAAUUUAAUCACAAAACUGCUUUGAGGUGCAAAGUAAAUCUUGUUUAAAUCGCAUUUUAAUGAUAUACUGGUGAAAUGGGUAAUUGUGAAACAGAAGUAGCUUGUAAGCGUAUAUUGCAUGCGGAUGGCAAGGCAUGAGAAGUAUAUGUAGGGACAAUUGAAUAAGAGAUCUUUCAAAAAUUCGAUGAAUGUAAUUGCGUAUUUUAAGUGCAUCUAGUCAUACUUUUUUGCGUUCGACAUGAAAACUAGUGUUAAUCACGAUGUCGACAUUAUUGUUUUGUCGGAUAUAGUUACAUUGUAUUAUAAAUAUUAUGAUGAUAGAACGUAAAUGAAUUAAAUUGCUAAAUGAAGCAUAUGAAACAAAAGAAUACAUAACAAUGGAUAAGAAAUGACGAAAUGGGGUAAAAGGGUGUUAAUUAAAUCGGCAUUGACUGAUUUAUUUUAGUAAACUAUCAUAAUUCUUAUUUGGCUUAGUAUUUAUCGUAGGCAUACAUUCUGUUGCUCACCUGUAAUUCUUUGGAAGAGAAAACAGUGUUGGGAAAAUUGGAAUAAAUUUGUGGCAUAAAAUAAAAUACACAUACACACACACAUACAUACAUACAUGCAUACACAGCUAGUGAAUUUGAAGUAGUCCAAACUGGACAAAUAUAUUUAUUAAUUAAUAUUUAUAUUCUAAGUAAUAUUAUCUUGUCUAAUACGAUACGAUUAACUUACCGAAUUCGCCAAGAGUAUCUUCAGGUCGAUAACAUGUAAAUAUUUGUGUACAAUCGACAUGAUAACCUGAACAGCUCGUAGGCACUCUCAAAUUAAGAUGCUAAUUGCGACGCGUCUGUUUUUCUCUUUAACGUACUACUAAACACAACAAUCACACCAUGGGCACAUACAGAAGAAGCAGAAACACUUAUGCACAAUGUGCGGAGACAAGAACGAUAAUGUAAUUUUUUUCAUGUUCAACUUAUCUUAAAGUAUUUAUUGUAUAUUGUCUCAUAAACAACAUAUCUUAUUGCAUUCAUUUUUGCCGCCACACUAAUUCCACACACCUUGGAUAUAAUUGUAACACACGCAAUUUUUAUUAUUCAGUAAUCAAAUUCUGCAACCAAUGGUUUUCGCUCAUGAGGCGCUAUAUACGAAACGACAGAUUCGUUAUUCAUACUUGUCGCAUAUUUCAAAUGAAAUUAGUUUGUAUAAAAUACUAAAUGAAACUAAUAACUAAUUGAUAAAUUUAACGUAAAGUAAGAGGAUAAUGAAGAUAAAAUAUUGUAUUUGACAUUAAAGAAGAAAACCUACUAUUAUUAAUUAUGCACUUGCAUAAGUAUUAUGAAGUUGUUGCUUUGUUGUGAAAAAAAAAACAAAUUAAUUACUAAUGGUCAAAGAUCUAGCUGCGCAGUGACAGAUAUGUACAUGUUCUCCAGUAUAUGUAUAACAUUCACAAGUGAGGUAUUUCUCUCAUUGUAUGUUUGUUUCUCUGUGAUGUGAAUAUGAUAAAAAAUAAUAAUAAAUUUACCCAUUUCGA